AUAUUACAUUUUAUCAACUAAACAGUGUUUAAUAGUGACUUUGAAACAAAUAGUGUUGAAUAUGUUACGAGUUGUGCUCGAUGCAUUUUGGAACGAGCAUGUUUGGUUGCCUCCUAACACUACGUGGGAUAGUUUAGCGCCUGGACCAGAUAAGGCAGUCAUUUACAACGAUUCCAAUCACGUUUUCUAUCCUAUACCGUUAGCAUUCGUGUUUAUACUUCUACGAUAUGUGCUUGAAAAUUAUGUUUUCAGUUCCUUUGGCAAGUCACUCGGCAUUAAGGACACAAGACCAAGGAAAGCACCCAAUAAUCCCAAACUGGAGGCAGUAUAUCAGACAUCACCCAGGUUGAAAGAUGUUUCAAGUCUGGCGAAAAAGCUGGAUAUUUCUGAACGGCAAGUGGAGCGGUGGUGGCGCCUCCGCCGCAGCCAGGACAAGCCCUCCACCCUGGUGAAGUUCUGUGAGAACGCGUGGAAGGCCACCUUCUAUUUCUGCAACUUCACAUUUGGCACCUAUGUACUGUGGGACAAGGAAUGGCUCUGGGACAUAGAUCAGUGCUAUCUUGGAUAUCCUCAUCAGGGUUUAACCAACGACGUAUGGUGGUAUUAUACGAUAUCAUCAGCAUUCUACUGGUCACUGGCCAUAUCGCAGUUCUGGGAUGUGCGCCGUAAGGACUUCUGGCAGAUGUUCAUCCACCACAUCGCUACCAUCGCUCUGCUCUCCUUCAGUUGGGUGUGCAAUCUGCACAGAAUUGGAACGCUAGUGAUGUUUUUACAUGACUGUGCGGAUAUAUUUGUUGAGUUGGUGAAAGCAUCGAAAUACGCGAAGUACCAGCGUCUCUGCGACACAAUGUUCCUGAUUCUAAUCGUAGUCUGGAUCAGCACAAGGAUUGUCAUUUACCCAUUUUACAUUAUAUGGAGUACGUCGAUCCGCGCCCCCAUGUUGCUGCCGAUGUUUCCCGCGUACUACAUCUUCAAUUCUCUGCUCUGCCUGCUGCUGGUGCUCCAUGUGGUGUGGACCUGGCUCAUACUUCAGAUUGCAUACAAGACCAUACAAGCCGGACAGAUGGAAGGCGACAUCCGUAGCUCCAGUUCUGAUCUCAGUGAUAGCUCGCACAAUUCCAACCACACCACACCUAAUCAUGUAAAUAAUAAAAAGUAA